AUGCUGGCUCAUUUUGUGCAGCUUCUUCCUCUCGCUGCUGCGUUUGUCGCCGCAUCAGCAGAGGCUUCUUCUCUUCCGCACCACGGCGCCCUGCACGCUCGCAGUGCAUCGUCGUCGUCGGCUCGCGAUCCCCUCGAUUACCUCUUCCCCGGCACGGACGCUGUAUCGUCGAUUGUGGAUAUGGCUGCGGGUCAGCAUACGCCCUCGUCGACAUCGUCGUCCGUCGCCGCGCCCCAGCGGACAGGCUCAUCCUCUCAUCAAGAUUUGAGCCUCGGCUCGCUGCUGGGCGGCCUCAUGGGCAGCAUUCCUGGAUCCAACAACAUCCCCAGCCCCAACAUGUCCAAGUACGAUCACCGCACCCCCGAGCCACGCUGGGGCGCCGCGGCGCAGUACCUCAAUGGUCUCCAGGCCAUUGUGUUCACGGGUGGCCAGCUGGACGACACAGGGCGCCUGUCCAACGAGACUCUCCUGCUCGAUGUGACCGGCCUGACCAACCUGCAGAGCACGCGUGCGUCCGUCAAUGCCACGCCGUGGCUCAGGCACCACGAGCGCACGUCGAGUGUGCCGGCACCCAAGACGGCCUACGCAGCGUCGCGCGUCUCGACAAGCGUGUGUGGCGCGACGGACGGCCACCUGGCCGAUACGCUUUGGCUCAUGGGCGGUAAGACGGAGAACUGUGCGGACCAGGCGGUCUUGUACACGUACACGCUCGAGAGGCACAACGAUACGAUCGUGGGCACGUGGCACGACAUCCAGACCAACGGCACCAAGUUGACGCGUCGCGCUCACGCACACGCUGCCUUCACGGGCGUCAACUUCAAGGGCGGGCACGACCUGUCCAUGAUCGUGCUCGGCGGUCAGGACUGGGACAAGGAGUGCCACCCUGACAAGCACGACAGGAGCACGUCGGCCUCGUCGCUCGACCAGAUCCAGAUUGGCGAUGUGAUGGACCAGCAGUGCUCGAUGCCCAAGAAGAUGAAGCACGCGGGUGUCGAGGCGUACGCGUACGAAGCAUCGCUCGACCAAGUGCCUGUGAUCGACUAUGCCGCCACGUCGAUGCCCGUCAUCCGCAACAGCAAGACCAAGCACACGGAGGAGCCGUACCUCUUGAUCGGUGGUCGCACAAAGGACAGGAAGCUGGCUAGCAUGAAGCACCUCUGGGCCCUCGAUCUCGCGUCCGGCAACUGGUCGCGCUGGGUUACAUCGGGCGAUAUUCCCGAGCCACGCGUGGGUCACUCGGCCGUCCACGCCAGCGAUGGCAAAGUGUACGUGUACGGUGGAUACAAGAAGCACGGUACGCACGGCCACUCGGUCAGCAAGGAGCCAACAGACGAGAUGUACGUGCUGGAUGCCUCGCAGACGCCUGCCAUGUGGUCCAAGGUGCAGUACAAGGAGCCUCCGCGUGACGGUCCGCGCCCCUCGAAGCGGGCGUACCAUUCGGCGGUGAUGGUCAACGACAUCCUCGUCGUGGCGUUCGGUCAGCAGCACCAGAGCACGCCCUUUGGUCUCGAAAAGCGGGGUGGUGUGAACCGGGACGCGUCCGAGCCCAUGAUCAUGUACAUGGAGACGCGCGACAAUGUGAUGGGCUUCCGCUGGACGGACAAGAUGUCGGCUAUCGUGUCGGGACGCGUGACGCAGCAGCUGAUGGGCCACUCGCGGGAAGCAGCCACGGCGCAGUACACGUCCGACUCGACGGCCUCACAGAAAGAGGCCAGGCCAUCGCCUCGUCCCCUCGCCAACAUGUCGCGUCUGCCCACGCCGAAGGAAUCGCGGUCCCUUGCGUCGGUCAAGAGUAAGAGCAAGAGCCGCGCGUCAGUCAGCCGUGCAUCGGCGGCUAGCCGCGCCUCGGCCAGCAUUGCCAGCGCCGAAGCGUCGCGUGCCGCUCAGGCGCACCACCACCACGACCAGAGCCACGACCAGAGCCACAGCAAUGGUCCGAACCCAGGUACGAGUCACGACCAGGGCCAGAGCCAAGGUCAAACUGGCCACGAUCAGGACAGCCAGCACGACUCGUCGGCCCACGAUGAUCAGCCGGCACAGGACGCGCACCAGAACGAGCAAAAGAGCCAGUCGUCGAACAGCAGCCCAGGUGCGAUUGCCGGUGGCGUGCUGGGUGCUUGUGCGCUGGCCGUCGGUGCCGUGGUGGGUGGCUUGUACGCGUACCGCAAGCGCCGCGAGUCCCAAAAGAUUGCGGAGCUUCGCUCGAACGGUGUGCUGCGCGACGACCCCGAGUCGGCGCCACCCGUCUCGUCGCUGUGGCUCCAGCGUCCUCUGCGCGAAGUGCUGGAAAGUCCUGAGAGCGGUCUGGGCUCGUCGUCCGUACAGGGCCAUGCCGGCACGCCUCUCUCAGUCGCGUCGGCGGGCGGCCGCUCGAUCGGCACGGACGAGCGCCAUGAGGUUCGCGGCCCGCGCUCGGCGUACGAGUCGGCUGGCAGUGCUAUGCCUGCUUCGUACUCGGCCGCACAGUCGUAUGCGCCGCAGGAGCACGGUAUGUUUGACAACUAUCUCGCCACGUACGACGGCGAGAUGCCCAACCCAUACCCAGCCGUGCCAUCGCAGGACUCGCACUACUCGUACCCGUACCUGGGUGGCGUUCAGCGCUCUAGUGGCGCCGAAGUGACGACCACAGACGCUGCGGCUGACCCCUUCAGCAGCGCGGCCGAGGCUCGCGACCUCUACACGGGCGACGAUAUCGAGUCUGUGUACACCAACACGAUCGAUGGCAAGACCAUGGUCCACGGUGACGAAAACGACAUGCAUUCGGACGACGGAUUGUACGGCGUCAGCACGCCGCGCCGCUCGGCCUCGUUUCGCUUCCCCGAGCACCAGGCCACGCACUGGUACGCUCCGCACGACGCCUCAUCCCUCCGCGUGACCAACCACUCGUGA